UUUUCACUCAAACAGACCUUGCGACGGGAAGUCAUUUGGUUUUCCGUUUCCUGUCUUGAGAUCUGCACAACUCCAUCACAUCAUAAUGCCAAAAUCAAAAGAAGUUCUGUCUUCCACGUCUGGAAGUGACUCUGACAGUGAAGUAGAGACCAAGGCAAAGCGAAAGAAGGCAAGUGUGCCCGAGAAACCAGCCAAGAAACCAAAGAGUGGAGAGAGCUCCAAGCCGGGUGGCUCAGCCAAGGGCAACAGUAAUGCAGACGACAACAUGUUCCAGAUUGGGAAGAUGAGAUACGUCAGCGUGAGGGACUUCAAAGGUAAAGUCCUGAUUGACAUCCGGGAGUACUGGAUGAACCAAGAUGGAGAGAUGAAACCAGGCAAAAAAGGAAUCUCCCUGAAUCCUGAACAAUGGAACCAGCUGAAGGACCAGAUGUCAGACAUCGAUGACGCCAUGAAGAGAAUAUAAGCGUUCCCUUCAAUGUGACCUGUUGAAGUAAUUCUGUUAGAUUGCUUAUCGUUUUUUUUUAAACUUCUUGUAUUAUUUCCUAAUGGACUGGUUUAGUUGUUUUAUAGAUCUAGUCUUGUCCUCAUUUUCUGGUGGUGUGUAAAACCCAGGUGAAGUAAAGUUGUGGGUGGGGGAACGUUUCAGUUGGUGGGUAGAGUACAGUGGUGUUUUAGUAUUGAACAAUUAAAAAAAAGGCUCUAACUUAAUAUUGUUGUCUAUGUGUCUGAAUUUGUGUUCACAAAUGUAUUGUGUACAUUUUGUGUUUGAUCCUUGACCUUUGUAAUACUCCUCACCUUUGAAAGCCGUGUCUGCUCUAAUGUACCUACGAGCCAUCAGAUUCACGGAGAACCACGCGAUUAGCUUUUAAAAAUAAACUUAUUACACAAAUCUGCAA